UGCUGUUGGCUUGUAAACAUGGCUACUGCCGGAGCAGCUGGAGACGACCUGAGGAAAGAGCUCACUUGUGCAAUUUGUUUGGACUUCUUCAAAGAUCCCGUUAUACUAAAAUGCGGGCACAAUUUCUGUCGGUUUUGCAUCUGCAUGCACUGGGAUGAAAAUGGCGGAGACUACGGGUAUCAGUGCCCUCAAUGCCGAACGGUGUUCAACAAGAGGAGCUUCACUAAAAACUACCUGGUGCAGAACUUAGUGGCCAAACUGGACGAUCUGGAGUGCCUGGGGUCUUGUCCUACACCCUCCAAGCCCGUUAAAGUAGACGGAAAGUGUGAACAGCACGGAGAAGAGCUGAAACUGUAUUGCCAAACCGAUAAGAGGCCCAUCUGUGUAGUGUGCAGGGAAUCUAGAGCACACAGGCACCAUGAGGUGGCACCAGUGCCAGAAGUUGUAAAUGAUAUGAAGAUGGAGUUAAAGCUGAGGCUAAUGGAGCUCAACUGGCAGAAGUCUCAGUGUCUAAAAGUUAUAACAGCUGACGAGCGCACCAAAAGUGAAGUGAGGUUAAAGAAACAGAGACUCAAGGAGAAGAUUGAGGCAGAUGUUGGUGCCUUGGUCCAAUUCUUGCUAGAUGAGAGAGACUCCCUGCUUGAGAGCCUGGAUGCAGAGGAAGUGGCGACCAUGGCCGUCAUAGACGACAACUUGAAGACUGUGGAGACAGAAGCAGCAGCUGUGGACAAAGCUAUAGCUGAUAUCCACAGCCACCUCAGUGGGAAAACUAGCUUUGAGAGCCUUGCUGAGACAUUCAAUGAAGUCAUCCAUUGCAAGCCUUUCACAUCUCUCGAGCCAGUUAAUUGUCCGACUGAAUUUACAGACUUCUCAGGGCCCUUCCAGCUUAUAAUGUGGAAGAAGAUGAUGCACGUGCUGCAUACCAUGCCUCAGAACCUCACCUUAGACCCAGACACCGCUCACCCAAACCUGCUUAUCUCAGACUUUGACACUAAAGUGGAGGAGGGACGUGUUCGUAACCAGGAGCCUGACCUGCCAGCCCGCUUCACCCGGUUCUGUGGUGUCCUUGCCACAGCCCAGUAUGCCAGUGGCCAGCACUACUGGGAGGUGGAUGUGAAGGACAAAGGUGUGUGGUACCUGGGAGUCACCACUGAGUGCAGCAACAGGAAGGGCUUCGUCAGCCUCACCCCCUCCGCAGGAUAUUGGAGCCUGUGUCUGCAGGACCGGCUAUAUGCCAAUGGGGAGGACGGGCGCAUCCCGGUUGCUGACUACUGGAACUCUCCUCGGGUCGGCGUGUACCUAGACUACGACAACGGGCGCCUUAGUUUCUAUGACGCUGUCACAAUGAAGAGACUUUACAUGUUCGACACCUGCUUUGAAGAGCCUGUCUACCCUUUCUUCAGCCCAGGGAAAAAUGAUCCAGGCAGCAGGCUGCAGAUAUGCCACUAUUACUGAGAGAGCCGCGAAGAGUGUUUAAUUUGAUUAUCUGAGUUAAUUCAUGUAUGCCAGUGUUUUCAGAUUUGCAGGGCAGCAGGGUGACGCCGUUGAGCCUCUGACCCUUGGCAUCAUAUGCAUUUGAGCUGUUACUUGUUGGUUUUAGGAUUACACGGAAUAAGAAGUACCAGGUGGCUCGUCACACUUAAUGAAGAGUUUCAUUUCUCUCAUGUUUUGAGGUUGAACAUUUGAAAUGUGGUAUUUUUCCAACAUAGACACACACUGUAGGCUUAUACCCCCGACUACUGUGGUUGGGGGUUCAGAGAGGUGCUUUGUCUAUAUCACUGUGUCUGCUGGGAUACAGAUGCUCUUGCUGAUUAGAGCAUGUACAGCUCGUAUCCCAUUAGCAACUGCUAUGCUACUACUACUGUACAUUAACUCGUAUUGGCUAAUUCUUUGCCAGGCAUUGUCAGUUGCCUUGUUGGGUAGAUCUUGAAGGAAAUAUGACGUAGUUAUCACAUUGAUAGUGUUUAACAUUUGAGAUUCCCUCAUUAAUUCUAGACUGAAGAGCAGUCAGUCAGUGCUGAUAAUUAUCAGAGUUAUUUGAAAUCAAAAUGGCCAGCGUGUACUGGGAUUUUAGCUCUCAGACAAUGUUUAGACUUCCAGGAACUAAUGGCUCAGGUUGUUUUGUGAAUGUUAACAUCACCACAGAUCAUUUUCUCAUCUUUUUAAAGUCAUUUUUAUUUAUCUUUUUUUUUUUUUUUUUUUUUUUUUUUUUUUAAAUUAUUCUGUACAUUGUCGACUUUAAAUUCGGUUUUUUUUUUUUUUUUUUUUUUUUUUGGACUGUUACAAAUUCCUCUACAGGCUGCUCUGAGUCACAUUUUGCAGAUUAUUCUUGUGAGCAGUGGUACUGACGGCACAUUUAGCUUUGUUGUAGAUAUUUUAAAAUCAAACAUUUUAUCAGUCUGCCUUAAUGAGCAGGUGUAAGACAAAGCAAACAAUUUUUAGCUAUUUGUAUAUUCUUCCUAAUUAAUCAGCCAUGCCCCUAAGAAUGUUAAUUGGUGAACCUGUAGACGUGUUGUACUAUAAAAGACAUUCCAUUACAGUCAGGAUUCACAGCCAAAAGCUUGAUGGACAUGACUAAAAUGAAAACCUAUGGAAUGCUGAAUGAAAGUUUUAUUUUGUGCUUUUGUUUGCUUUUUACAACAGCAUUUCCUUUACAAUAUUCUGUUAAAUAAUCCUGCUUUAGAUUAUUCAUUGCUAGUUGUUGAGUUGGUCCUGGUGCUGCAAGUUCUACUAUCCAACUCAGUCCAUUUUAUUUUUUCAUUUAUCAAUUAGUCCUGUGUUAUUCAAUUUUGAAUGUAAAAAAUACAUGCAUAUGGACAGUUGGAUAUAUAUGUAUAUUCAUACAUCUAUGAUUUAAUCAUUUUCUUAUUUGAGAUUAUAAUCUUAAUAGAUUUUUAUUUUUUGCUUGUGCAGUUCCCCACAGUGUUACGGACCUACAAGUGGGGGUAUUUGCCAUCUUACAGUCUUGUACAGUGAGUUUUUGUUUUUUUUUCUUUUUCAAAUGAUCUUGUCAGUGACGACAUUUGAGAAUGGCAAUCUCUACAGUCAUUUUGAAGAGGCACCUUAUUUUAUUUGGUUUUUUUUCCCCCUCCAAGUCAUCUAAGAUGUUCAUGCAUUGCAAAAUUCUGCGCUCUUUAACUUGGAAUAUUUGCCGAUAAAUGUUUUGUCUAAGAUGGUGUACCUCAUUUAAUACCUAUACGAACAUUUCACUGCUGAAUUUCAUUAAUGUGUUCGGCUCUGUAGUUUCAGGGCUGUCUCGAUAAGUGUGACAUGAAAGAAGUAAUCUUGGUAAUCUCUGUUUGUGGCCCUGUCACCUGCUCUUAAUGUGCGUAGUGUUUCUCUAUGAGAUU